UAAUAAUAAUAAUAAUAAGCCCCCUAAACAACCACACGUCCGGAUCGACCAUCUGAUCACGUGGGGGGCGGACACACGAUUAUGAAAUUACUGGCGUGGCUAACGUGGCUCUGGAUACCCAUUCAAAAUGGAGACUCGGUCAAAGAGGAAACGUAUAGGACCGCUGCCCGGGGGCGAUCGCCGGGGCACACCUGGAGCUGACGCUGGGUGUUUCAGCAUGCGAUCCGUCAGUGGUGCGGAGUUGAGCAGGCGGGCUCCCAUCAACAAAGAUACGACAGCCGAAAUCAUUGACGAUGGUAGCACACUAACAGACAGGACAAACACCCCUGUAGAACCGUAUAGUCCAAGCACAGCAUCAUACGUACCAUCUAGAUCAUCAUCACCAUCUCUACCAUCGUCACCCAUAUUAUCAUCAUCAUCACUCCCCAUUGCUACUUUGAGCACUGGUGAUAGGAAUCCGACCUUGAAUGUUGCGCGGGAGGUGUCUACCUUCUUACCCGCGUCCACCAAGGCCGGAAAAACAAGAGUUCGCAUGAAAUGGAGUAAAGAAGUUAACCUAUUCAUCAUGCGAACCUACCUACACAUUACUAAAUUAGAGCCCGACAUGACCACAUACAGACAACUGCAUCAACUUUUCUCCCAUCAAUACCCAGAUGUUAUAGUCUCAGAACAAAGAAUUGCAGAUCAACGAAGAGUUAUAGUCCGAAACAAACUUUUGUCCCAAAGCGAGAUAGAUCAGUUAAAGGAAGAUGUCCGCACACAACUUGAAUUAGAAAACAUUGAGAGUCUUAACAAUCACAACAUAUAUACAGAUAAUACAGCCGAAGAGAUACUACAAGAACAACCAAACUCUUUAACACAUACUACUCAAUCAGAAUCUAACACUCAAACCCUUUCAGUCUAUCAAUCACACACACAUUCCCAAGCCACACAUACAUCCACACAAACUGAAAACCUAACUAUAACAAUAGAAAAUGAUGUCGAAAUUCAAGCUGAUAUUCAACAAAAUGUACUAACUGACACGUAUACACAACAACUAAAUGAUAAAUUCAAAACAGCUCUUAACUUAUAUUCCGGGAUGAACCCGGCAGCCCGACCAAAACUACCCAAGCUUAGGUACUCACCAAAACUACAGCAACUUGUCAAUCUAUUUAAUAAAAAUAUCCUUACCCAAUACACUACUGAUGACACCAAACUAACAGAUGUACACACACUGAUUUACUGCACAGCACUUGUAAUCUCCGAAGAAUUGAAUUAUAAAAUUACUAAUUACACAGGCAAUACGAGAACUAAAACUAACAAUAAGCCAGCAUGGCAAAUUAGGCUAGAAAGAGAUAUAGAUAAACUUAGAGCGGACUGUAGUAGACUAACACAAUACAUAAAUAAUAAUCGUUCAAAUAGAGUAAUUAAAAGAGUAGAAGCAAUAUUCAGAAACCAAAGAUACACUACACACACGAGACACGAAGCAGACAAUAGGAGACCGGAAGAAUAUUUAGAUACUCUGAAGCAAAAAUUGGCAUUAAAAUCCCAUAGACUAAAGCGAUACAAAAAAGCACAAGAGCGUAAGAAUCAUAAUUCCACAUUUGUUAUGAACGAAAAGAUUUUUUACAGAAACUUACGAACAAAAACACAAACAACAGAAACACCUCAUGACACUAACAUAGAAUUACCUACAACAGAACAACUUGAGGCAUUUUGGUCAGGUAUAUGGGAAGAUGAAGUGCAACAUAAUGAAACAGCUGAUUGGAUAUCAGACGAAGCAGCCAGAUGGAGUUCAUUGGAAGAAAUGGACUUCGUGGAGGUUACUGAGUCUGAUAUAACUAAUACCACAGCAAAACUCCAUAACUGGAAGUGUCCCGGUAUCGAUAAAAUACACAAUUACUGGUUCAAAAAAUUAGAUUGUCUACAUAAAAUUUUAGCAAAAAAUAUAACAGAAAUCAUCUUAGGAAAACAGAACAUACCAGAAUUCAUUGCUACUGGAAUAACUUAUAUGCUGCCGAAAACGCAAUAUACAGCACAACCUUCCCAAUACAGACCCAUCACAUGUCUACCCACAAUAUACAAAAUUAUAACGUCCACAAUCACUACAAAAAUCAACAAGCACAUAGAACAACACCACAUAAUAGCAGAGGAGCAAAAAGGGUGUAGACGGGGCCACAUGGGCUGCAAGGAACAGCUAGUUAUAGACUCCGUGAUACACAAACACGCUGCCGCGAAAAAUAAAAAUCUACAUUGCACCUACAUCGAUUAUAAAAAAGCUUUUGAUAGUAUCCCACAUUCCUGGUUAUUAGAAAUAUUACAGAUUUAUAAAAUAAACCCCGAAAUUAUAAAAUUCCUGAAAAAUAUAAUGUCGCAGUGGAAAACCACACUUCAAUUAAAUUAUCGCAACAAUACUAUAACAACCCGUCAAAUCACUAUUAAAAAAGGCAUUUACCAGGGCGACUCCCUUAGCCCAAUGUGGUUCUGUCUCGCCCUCAAUCCUCUAUCCCACUUACUUCACCGUAGCCAAGCAGGCUACUGUCUUACGCACACAGCAGAAGUCACCACUAUCUCUCAUCUAAUAUAUAUGGAUGAUAUCAAGCUAUAUUCAAAGUCGGAAAAAGAAAUGAAAACACUAAUAGAUAUUACUUCAAAAUUCAGCAGAGAUAUUAACAUGCAGUUUGGGUUGGAUAAAUGUAAAACCAUACACAUUAUUCGGGGCAAAAUUAAACCAGGGGACUACGAAAUUAACAAUAUUGACGUUAUCACAGCUAUGGAACCGGAAGACUUUUAUAAAUAUUUAGGUUACAAACAAUUAAAGGGUUUAGAUCACACAGCAAUUAAAAAUACACUAAAGAAUGAAUAUAAAAAUAGAGUAAGCGCCGUAUGUAAAACUCAACUUUCUAGUAAGCAUUUAAUAAAAGCACUGAACACCUACGCGAUUCCUAUUCUAACGUACUCAUUUGGAGUAAUUAAAUGGUCGAAAACUGAGAUCUGCCAACUAGAAAGAACUACACGCACCACACUUACCAAACACAACAAUCUACACCCAAAAUCCGCUAUAGAAAGAUUAACAAUCAAACGACAACAUGGAGGGAGAGGUCUUAUAGACAUCCACCACCUUUGGCAGAAACAAAUAGCAAAACUAAAACUAUUUUUCCACACAAAAUCUAAUACAAGCAACAUCCACAAAGCCAUCGUUACACAUGACACCAACUACACACCUCUCAACUUACACGAACCAAACUUAUCAUACGACAUCAACAACGACCCACAGAAACAAAAAUUAGAAGAUUGGAAGAAGAAAGUAUUGCACGGUCGUCAUCCCCACGACCUUGAACAGGCGCACAUAGACACAAUAGCUUCCAAUAAAUGGCUUAAAAUAGGCAAUUUAUUUCCGGAAACCGAAGGCUUUAUAAUUGCUAUACAAGACCAGAUAAUUAAUACAAAAAAUUACAGAAAAUUCAUCAUCAAAGACCCUACGAUUACAAAUGAUAAAUGCCGCAAAUGUCACACCCAGCCCGAGACCAUUCAACACAUUACAGGAGCAUGCACAACACUCACACAGACAGACUACACUCACAGACACAAUCAACUUGCAAACAUCAUCCAUCAGAACCUAGCAAUCAAACACAAACUCAUACCAGACACAAACACUCCUUAUUACAAGUACACACCACAAAACGUAUUAGAAAAUACCACGCACAAACUAUACUAUGAUCGAGCCAUUUUAACAGACAGAACUGUCCACUAUAAUAGACCAGAUAUAACUAGAGCUACGUUGUCGACGUGGUGGGGCUUAAGGGCUCUGAUCCCUAGUUUUACUUCAACUGGGGUGAGGAGUCCGACCAAAAGAGAUACAACCCAAGCCAAGGUUGCAUACGCCGAGGGCUGCGUGGCUAAGGGGGUGCUUAGUCGAGAGUAUGCCAACUCUGGAGACCGGGGGACCUCCAGUUUCAUUUACCCUUGCCACAGUGAACGCAGGGCUCUGCUGUGGUCGACUUUUAGGUCCCUAGCUACUCGUGGGAAUCACAUGAUUACUAGAUCAAAAUUGAAAAAGCAAUCUGAGGCUACGCCUCAAUUGGAUGACGAAUCUUCACAGUUUUCUUCGUCAUCCUCCACAUCACUUUUCCCAUCAAUUUCAUCAACAUCACAAUCAUUCUGCGUCUCCCCGACGCCAUCUUUAUCAUCAACUAUUCAGUCAGUGGAUGUUGUGCAGCUGGCAAAUUCUGUCGAUGAAGUUGUACCCACCACAAGGACUGUCAAAACGCGUAGGAAAUGGACGACAGAUAUGAACGAAUUCAUCCUACGCAACUAUCUUCUUCUCACUAACAUGGAAACCGACAAAAACGCAUACCUACCGUCAUUACAUACAAAAUUUUUAGAAAAAUUUCCAUCCAUGGAAGUUAGCCGUCAGCGCAUAGGCGACCAACGUCGAGCAAUUGUUCAGAAGAAACUACUGCCACAAACAACAAUAGACCAGAUUUAUGAACAAGAUACCAACACAAACACUGAUACUAUAACCCCAACACAUUCGCCAAACAUAGAUGGCAACUUCUUAAAUGAUAUCCAUCUAGAACAAUUCGACACGAUACACACAAACACAGAAAUAAACCAAGAGAUCGAAGAUUUAUUUCAACAAGCACAUCAAUAUUUUGCUGAUACUGAUCCCACCAAUAGACCAUACAUUCCUAAACAAAAAACAUCUAGAAAAUUCUCCGCUACCAAACUCUCCGAGAGUUCUGGGCAGGUAUAUGGGAAAACCCGGUGUGUCAUAACCACACAGCGUCUUGGAUACACGAGUAAAUCUGAACAUUCGCCACUCCAUAGACAUGUCGCAGAAACAGACAAAAACUUCACACCACUAAACCUACAUAACCGAGACACGCAAACUAAUGAAAUCAUUGUUACUGAUGAAGACAAGAUUGCAGUAUGGUCCCAAAAAGCACUUCACGGGAGACACCGGUCGUUCUUGAGCCAACCACACGUCGAUAAAAUUAAGUCGAACGAGUGGCUCAAACGCGGUGAACUGUUUCCCGAAACCGAGGGCUUUAUGUUGGCCAUACAAGAUCAAAUCAUAGCAACCCGCAACUACAGAAAAUUCAUAAUGAGAGAUCCUAACCAACAAAAUGAUUUAUGCCGACAUUGCAACCUUGCCUCAGAAACCAUCCAGCACAUUACCGGAGCUUACAUUGCCAUUCCAAACUCACACAACAUACAAUCUACCAUAUCCGAGAAACUAAGUAAAUAUCAAGAUCUCGCUAUAGAGAUCAAAACGCAGUGGAGAGCCCAAACAGUCCAUAUUGUCCCCAUAGUCCUCUCAACCACUGGUAUCAUACCGAAGUCCCUCACACAAAGCCUCAACACUCUCCACAUGCCUACAUACACUCUCCACACACUACAAAAAGCUACCAUCCUCAACACUUGCCGCAUCACAAGAAAAUUCUUAACAUCAUCUACUUUAUCAUCCACCUAUUCUAUUUAA